AUGCAUCGCAAGUUGAGCUCAUCAGAAAUGGCAUCAGAGAGGGGUUUCCGAUUGCAAAAGCAACUUUUCCGAGCCCUACUCAUACAGUUUCUGGUGCCAAUCAUUCUCGAGUACAUCCCAUGUGUUGCCGUCUUCUUUCUCCCCUUAACGGGUGGAGAUUUCAAUCUUGAAUGGGCAACUCUCGCCGUCUCAUCGUAUCCAAUUUUCGAGCCACUUGUUGUCAUCUAUUUUGUCAAGCAACAUCCUCACGAUUCUCACACGACAGAAGUGAAACGAUCGAAUGCCGGCGUUUCGCGAGACACGGUCAGCGAGGAUUGCCUCUAUUUGAAUGUCUGGAGCCCGAAUUUGCAGGGUCUUCUGCCCGUUUUCCUCUUCAUCCACGGUGGAGCCUAUGAGACUGGCGCGGCGUCUGUUUACGAUGCGAAAGCUUUCAGAGAGAAUUUUGCUCGACGUGGCAUCGUUGUGGUGACAAUUCAAUACCGGCUCGGGCAAUUCGGCUUCUUGACGCUAAACGACUCGGUGAUCACCCCGAACCUCGGGCUCUGGGAUCAAACGCUCGGCCUUCAAUGGAUACAGGAUAAUAUUGGGAAAUUCGGAGGCGACAGCAAACGGGUGACGAUUAUGGGGGAAUCGGCCGGCUCCGAGUCCGUCAGUCAGCUGACCAUAUCGCCGAAGACACAACACCUCUUCCAACAAGCCAUCCAGAUGAGCGGAACGUCGAUUGGAGCCGCCGCUCGAGGGACAAAUACUUUGACUUUUUCUGCAAACUGGACGAGCAGACUUGGCUGUGAUUUGAAGUCCGACUACAAAACCUGUCUGCAAGGAAAAACUGUCGAAGAGUUCUGGAAAGUGAAGGAAAAUAACGCUUGGGGCUGCGGACCUGACGACCUGAAUUGGCUGGGAUUCGCUCCGAUCAUCGAUGAGGAUUUCUUCCCGAAGCCAGAAGAUGCUCUAAAGACCGUGCCCAAGUAUCCGACGAUUUUCGGGUUGAAUCAAGUGGAGGGACGACUUUUCUCCCUCGAAGGAGCGAGCAUCUACAUGUCUUUUGGGCUCGGCCCGCUGAAAUGGCCCAAGUACAAUGAGAGUCAAUUCGUGGAUUUUGUCAAGAAAUUCAUCACUUUUAAGGGAUACACGUCCGAGGAAAGAGAUCAGGCAACUCAGGACAUUCUGAGCUAUUACGAGCGAGGUCACGACCCGAGUGACGCAAAGUACUGGGUGGAGAGAUAUGUUGAGAGCUAUUCGGAUUGGGGGAUGAAUGUGCCGGUGGUCCGGGAAGCCAUCGCGAAAACCCAAGCCGGCAGCCCGGUGUACGCCUUUUUGAUGGACUACGACAAUCCGACCACGUGGCCUGCAGGCGCUCCGGCACCAGGCUCAACGCAUUCUAGCGAGUUCCCGUACACGUUCGGAAUGUUGGCCGACUUCAACUAUACGCAAGAUGAUCUGACAGUCGAGAAAUACAUUCAAGAUGCACUCGUGCAGUUCAUUAAAACCGGAAAUCCAUCAACGACUGCGAUGCCAUGGGCUCCGUUCUCGCUCGAGAAUCACGACUUUUUGAGUCUAAAGCCAAAACCUGAGAUGAAGACAGACUGGUUUGGUGAUAGUUAUCGCUUUUGGACGGAUUACAUGAAGAAAUACAAAUAUGACUGGAUCACUUAUGGGCCCUGG